GUUCAUUAACCAGUCGCGUGAUAAAGUGAAAGAACGGUGCUUCGAACUCCGCCAACGUAUUUCGGAUAUUUUCGGCGAGCAGGUGGUUGAAACAGGAUUAGGACCUGAGAAAAUGAAUGUAUUUUGUUUGAUGGAGAAGCUAGAGUCGGAACUGAGUGGCAUGGAAGCUGGAAAGCUAGAAGCCUCCGUUCCCAAUGCGUCUCCCCAUCUGCUCAAAGACUUAGAAGCGGCUGCUAAAGUGAUCGAUCUGAAGUUGGUGCCCUGGAGUCUGCCCGUCAUACUGGGCAAGGUCGAAAACUACCAUCCGAAAGAGUUCGACGAGGUCGUCGAUGAAAGUCAGGGCCAAUCUAGACGAAUCUUCGUCCAUUACGGAAUGGUGUUCGCUCGUCGUCUCGGCACUGAUGUUGAUAGCUGCACCAUCGGAAGUCUUGUGCAUGACGUUAUGGACGGUAUGAACAACAACGGGAAGGAAUGUGGCCUCACGUUUGCCGUGUCGUACACGUACCCGAACCGCCUGGGCGGCGGCGCUCUCAUCCACGUCGUAUCCAGCGGUGGAGUGUACAGUAUCCGUGAGCGGCUGCCUGAUAAGAGUGGCCGGUUAGCAAACGUUGCGGAUACGGGCCAUCAGUAUUUUAUUGGCAUCCGCAUUAUGGGUCAGCACCGGUUUCACAUGAAAAUUUUCGUUUUGGGAAAAACCGCCGCCCCGAAAUCUGCGGAAGAUUUCGCUCUGACUGCGCCCGUGGAUCCCCAUAUGGCCAGCUCGAUGGUGGCUGGGAAACUGGUUAAUCAGCAAGCUCUGGAAAACUACAGCGACGCAGAGUUGGGCGAGCUGUUUGACGUUGUCGUUGUGCGUACUAUGGAAGCUGCUGAGACGAAUUACAAAGAAAGCGAUCGAUUUGUAAUGGAUUUGUCGUUGAAAUUGUCGGCAACGGUUACGAAGAUGUGUAAGCUUGAGCGACACGGUGGAAUGCGCUUAUCAUGUUUGGUUGCAUGA